AUGUUCAGUUUGAUGGAUGAUGACGCCGGUUGCGUACCGUUCGUUGGAGACUGGAAAGCGCGUCUCCGUGCAAGCUACGGAAAGAGGUCGUCCACGCUGUCCAUGGUGCCGUACCGCUGUGUCCCGAAAAAUGCGCCACAAGUCAACGUGGCACUGGUCAACGCCGAAAAAACAUCCGACGAGCUGACCCGGCACUACCGAAAGCACACCGGGGCCAAACCGUUCAAGUGUCGUAUGUGUGAACGGUGUUUCGCCCGGUCCGACCAUUUGGCGCUGCACAUGCGACGUCAUCAGCCGAAGAGCCGCAUCUCCAGACACCUGAGCUUACCGGCCAAUCGUAGUGCCGGAGCCGUUCAGCACACGCCCAUUCAGCACACGAAAUCCGACCCUACGGCUUACGUCCAGAGCGGUCGCCAAAUGCCACCUUACACGGCCGUGUUCACCGAAGCCGCCGACAGCAGCCCAAUGUUCGGUUGA